CUCUCAUGACGGCACGGGCAAACAAUAAUGUCUGACUCGUCUGUCACCGAACGAAGGAUACGUCCAAUCCAAGACGCCAUCGCCACCGAUAACUGGAAGCAAGCUCUUCAGCUAUGUGACAAAUGGUCCAAGAAGGGCGAGAAGUCGGAAAGAUUCCUGACCAUCAAAGCCUUCGUGCUCGUCAAACAAGGGGACAAGGCCCAGAAUGAUAAGGGGCGAGCAGAGGUCUUGGAUCUCUGCAAACGCACACCACCCAUCACCGAACCCGAAGCAAUCUACCAGCUGCAGACAGCCUUGAAGGCCUUGUCGCUUCAGGAACAGGAGGGGCCCAAAGUAUGGGAAAGAGCUGCUGCUGUCGCUCAGGACAACAAAGAUAUCCUCACAAGAUGGCUAAACCAGGCCAUCGCGGACCGCAACUGGCUCAGUGCCCAGAAGGUGUGCAUUUUGGAAUGAUUCAUCGACUCGCAAGAGACGGGCUGACAUGGGGCCAUACGGCAGGCCACCAUGGGCUUACGAAAGUCAUUCCCCAAAGAUCGAAAUUACGAGUUCUGGAACAUCAUGAUGUGUCAUCUGAUUCACCAGGACCAUGACGGUGUCGACGAAAAGACUAGACUCUUGUUUGCGACUCUCGCGUAUCGCAUGAUCACCAAAGCCGCCGAGACAACAGGAACAGAUGAGGAGCAACUGUUAUCACCAGGAAAAGCAAUCUCAACCGCGGAAGAGGUUGCACUUCUUGCUACUGUCCUCAACUCCACCGGCCACGCACAAGAGACGAUCAAACUCCUGCAGGGGGACGCAUUUAAAUUAGACUCGAGAAUCGGAAAACUCGAUCCUCAAUUGACAUUGUCGCAACUCCUACAGUCUUUCAACGUCGCUGAACAAUGGGAUGAAGCCUUCGAGUAUACUCAAACUCUUCUCUCAAACCCAGAGUAUCAAUCAGAUGACAGGGUAUGGAUACUCUGGCUCAAGUCUCUGACGAAUUCAUCCACACCUGAACGUCAAAGGUCAUGUGCGCAGGUUCUUGAUGAUGCUUGCAAGGCAAGACCAAUAUCGAGGGCUUCGUACAGCGCCAAAAUGCAAUUUCUCCAGAGUCAAGGUGACGACGAGUCUCUGACGCAGCUUCUUGCAACCUGUCAAGAAUAUGCUGAUGCCUUUUCUACCAAAGCAUUCUGCUUUGACGAUCUCAAAGAUGCUCUCAACUCGCUAGAUGAAACCCGAUUCAAGGCAUUCAGUGAUUCACGAUUGACCGACACGAGCAACCUUGGACAACUAUUUAGCUUGAAGUUGGAGUAUAGCAAAAUCCCCACCUCCGAUUCAGGUGACACUUUGGUCCGCUUCGUGGGCCGAGCCCUCGCCUUGUACAAAGACUCGCUGGUAAACUCACCAUCAUGUCCGGAAGCAGCUGUCCUAGCGGUUCUCGCCUUGCUACGGCUGUCAAAAGCCGAGAACAAUAUUGAACACGCUCUCCGAGCCACGAUUCUUCUCGAAGCCGCCAGAGCAAAGUUUGAGGAUUACUACUUGUUCACUGUCCUGUUGGUCCAGCUUACUUCAUAUCUGGGUCUUUUCUCCUCUGCAAUGGAUACCUUUACUAAACUCAGUGUCAAGAAUCUGCAGUAUGAGACUGUUGCACACUUGAUGUUGACUAGAAUCUCAACCUUGCACCCCUUGCCUAGCAGGCCGAGCGAUGAGAGGUUGGAUCCGAUGUUUGAGCUGGACAUCGCAUACACAGCCCUGGUGAAUGCCGAUAGGGCCCUCGUCCGUGCCAUUCGAGACGGCCUCCGGUUCAACAACUAUUCAAAUAUAGCAAACAGCGUCGAGAUGCGAUCUGAUAUGAAGAAAAGCGCGAGUCUACAACUGUACAUGAUUGAAGAUCGAAAAGUGUCGAGAAUUCAUGGCGUUCCCGAAGCUAUAAUCCUUGAUCAGAGCAUCGACACAAUCGUCGAUCAUAGAGACUGGGCAUACCUUCCCAACUACCGCAAGGACGACGCCGAGAUGAUCGACUCAUUUAAAUGUGGUCCAACACAAAGAAAAGGGUGGAUUGACGCCAUGAGGCUUCUGGACAACGUGGUGACUUAUCUACAAGCUGAAAUAUCGGGCCACACCAACCUCAUUCCAAAACUUGUUGAACACAUCACCACCACACUCAAGGCUGUGGAAGGGUUUUCUGAGCAACAGCUCGCCGAGCUGACCGAAGCUGAAGCGACAAGCCUGAAAUGCCACCAGACAUUAGCCAAAGGCGCUCUUCUCAUUCACGGGCCUCCUGCAACGAGAGAGCAAAUGGUCGAGGUACUGGAACCGUUGAAAACAUGGUUGGAGGAGAUCAAGGCCAUUGAAAGUCAAGAUCCAAUCCCGACUUCGCCCACGGUGGCCGGCGUGCCAGUUUAUACAUGGAAACAAAUCCACACCAGUCUCUCGCGCCUGGAAACUCUUCAGCCAGUGGCCAUGUUGCUGGGGAUUUUGGCCAAGAAGGCCAAAGGCAAGAGUAAAGCGGCCGCGGCGAUUCCCAAAGACGACGUGGCAAGCUUGCAAGGUCUUGUUGCCGAGAUUGAGAAAUGCAUCCACGACAAUGCGCUACGAAUCGAGGGCGAGAUCAAUGCUUCGGGUGUCUUGGGCAAACUGGUCGACUUGGGUUAUGGUCGAAAGGUAGAUGGGGUCGUGUCUGAGGGGCUCGACUUGACUGCUCUGGAAGAGGCUUUGGGCAGCAUCAUAGACGAGGCGACAAUGGAGACUAUCUGCGGCGGUAUCAAGGAGAGUUGGGAGGAGGCAUUGGAAAGACUCCGGGUGAUCAAGGUUCGUCGGAACAAGUAACAUCUAUACUUGCAUGUGCCACCACGGCACGACAUUCAAUCUCUAGGAACUCAUAGCGACACGGAUAUCUAGGCAUAGACUACAGUGCAUAUCAACAGUGAUGAUUCUCC